AUGAAUGAAUACGAUAAAAAUCAUCAAGAAAUCUCUUCUGAGUCUCUUGAGUCGAAGUUAAAUCAACUGAAUUUAUCUUCAUCAUCAUUUGAUGUGAAUUCUAACGAUGAUGAUGAAGAACAGAUUCCAGUAUCGAUUGAUUCUCCAACAAUCCCUCAACCAUUAAAUGCAUCACACCAAACCGAUUGUAAAUCGACUUCAUCGUCAGAAUUUGGAGUUGAUUGGAGCAAUCGCGCAUGUCCUACAUCACAUUGUUGGUUUCCUGUUGAUUCGAAUGGUUCAUCGACAAACAUAUCUGAGUCUAAUUCAAAUCUAAAAUCAAAACUUUUGUGUUGUGAAACAUGUGGUUUGACUGUACAUUCGCAUCGAUUAACAAAUUCAAAAGUAAUAACAAGUGAUUUUCCUUCACCUUGUCGUCCAUCAUUUGUCGAUGUUAAUUCGAAUUCAUCGGACUAUGACAAACAUUUCUGGUGUCAAGAGAACACUCUUCCAACCCCAUGUCUCAUUUGUCAACGAACAUCGGUCACAGCGACAUUAUUCGCACAUGGAAUCGAUCAGUUAUCUUCAAUGUCUGCUUCAGAUAUUGCUAAUGAAUUUACAUCGAUUUUCAGUUCGAAACCAGGAAAUUUUAUGCAGAAAUUAUCUGAAUCAUCUGGUGGAAUUGUUUGUCUUUGGUGUUCACGGAGUUAUCAUCAUUCAUGUUGGGAACGUGUUACUAAUAAAGAUGAUCAAGUUCAUUGUGAUUAUGGAAUAUUUCGAAAUAUUAUUGUUCGUCCACAAUGGUUGACUCGUUCUCUUCAAUCUCCUCUUGGUUUUCGAGCUCGAUUACCUGAUAAUCUAUCGUCAGAUUCGUUCCCGUACACACCUGUUCUUUUCUUUAUCAAUAAACGUUCAGGUGGACAAGUUGGUGAGAAAAUUUAUCGGGAACUUCUACGAAAAUUCAAUCCACGUCAAAUAUUUCUUCUCGAAAACAAUGAUACCAUCACUCGAGCACUCGACAUGUAUUCUGCAUUACCAAAUACUCGUAUUUGUGUUUUUGGUGGUGAUGGUACAGUCGGAUGGAUUCUCAAUCGUCUAGCCGAGAUUUAUCCUGAGAGAAAGAAUCCACCCGUAGGCAUUUGUCCCUUAGGAACAGGUAAUGAUCUUUCACGUGUCUUAAAUUGGGGUGGUGAAUACGAAGCAAAACAACUCGUACAAACAUUAAUCAAUCUUCCUCAAUCGAAAGUAGUGACACUUGAUCGAUGGAAAGUCGAAUUAGAACAAUUCGAUAUGUCAAGACAGAAUUUAUCGACAAAUAACGAUCGUGGAAAUGAUUCUCCUAUUACUCGCGUGUUUCAAACUUUAUUUAAACAACCACCGAGAUUUGCACUUGAAAUUCAUCGAGAUUCUUAUGAACAAUAUCAUGCAUUACCAAAUUCACGGUUCAUUAAUUAUAUGAGCUUUGGUUUUGAUGCUGCCAUUGCUCUGAAUUUUCAUGAUCAACGUACGCGCAAUCCGGAAAAGUUUUCUUCGCCCUUGAAAAAUAAAUUCAUGUAUUUAAACGAAAGUUGUAAAUAUUUAGAUGAAUUUACUCGAGCGAAUUUGUGGAAUCUUAGUUCAUAUAUUCGUUUGAUAUGUGAUGGUCAAAAUUUGACAAAUGCAAUGCGUGAUUGUCAUACAUUAGUCAUACUCAAUAUUUCUGGAUAUGCAGCGGGUGCAAAUCCAUGGGGAAAUACAGGAUCAACUAUGUCAAGUGAUUUAUUCGAUCGACAAGAUUUUGGUGAUCGGAAAAUCGAAAUUGUCGGAUUGACUACUGCACAUAUGGCUGCUAUACACAUGGGUUUUCGUGGUAAUCGAAUCGCUCAAUGUAAUCAAGUACGUAUUGAACUUUGUUAUCCAAUGACAGCACAAAUGGAUGGUGAACCAUUUUAUCUACCCGCUUCGACAGCUGUUAACAUUAGUCAUGCUGGUCAAGUACUUGUAUUAAGUAAUGACAACAAAUAA